AUGGCAACUCCUCCGCGAGUUCAACUUGUUUUUGGUGCUGGAGGUAUCGGGGAGGGUACCAUAACCCACGCCUGGACCACUGGCGAGCAAACUUCCGAACUUCUCGACGUAUUGAAGGAGCUAGAGAUCACGGAAUUGGACUCAGCGGCAUCCUCUCCACCGGGAAGUCCACGGGUCAGUGAACGAUUAUUGGGUGAGAGCCGUGCAGCUGGGAAGGGAUUUGUGAUUGACACAAAAAUCGAGCGGACAGCCAUCAGCGGUGGGUUGUCCGAGGCUGCCAUUGAUUCGAGCUUGAAGAAAAGUUUGGAAUUACUGGGUGUGAAGCAAUGCAACAUCCUGUAUGCGCAUUUCCCAGACCCAAACACUCCCGUCGAGGAGAGUGCUCGGGCUUUUGAUAAGCAUUACCGAGCUGGACUUUUCAGAGAGCUUGGCUUAUGCAAUCACUCCUACAAGCAAGUGAGAGAAUGGUUGCAAGUUUGCAAGAGACAUAAUUAUGUUAAACCCACCGUCUGGCAAGGUCAUUACAACGCCAUCAGGAGAGCGCCUGAAACAGAACUUUUCCCAUUCUUGAAAGAGAAUGUUAUCCGAAUACAUGCUUACAGCCCACUCGCAGGAGGUUUUCUAACAGGAAAGGUAAGUCUGGCUACUGAAGCAGGGACACUUUCUGGAGGUCGCUGGGAACCAGGUCGCUUUCCAUUUUAUAUUAAAGCAUUCGAUAAACCGGCUAUUCACACUGCUAUGAUUGCAUUUUGUAAGAAAUGUGAUGCUGCAGGUGUAACGCCGACGGAAGUCAGUUUGAGAUGGAUUGUGCAUCAUUCAGCUUUAGGAGAGGGAGAUGCGAUCAUUCUUGGGGCGUCGAGGCUCGAUCAGUUGAGGAGUAAUGUCGAGUUUUGUAAGAAGGGGCGUUUGAAUAAGCAGCUGCUGGAGGCUUAUGAGGAGCUUUGGAAGGGUGUUGAGAAGGAUCCUCCAGAAUGGUUUUGA